UUUGAUGGCUAACCUGCGGUGUAUUUAUUUUUUUACUAAUAAUCUGCACUGUUUUACUGCAGCGUUAUAAAACGUAUAGUUUUUCUUUUUCUUUUUAUAAAGCGUAUAGUUAGACGCAAAGACUAGCCGAAGCUCUUUCGACGAUUUUAAAUCUAUGAUUUUCUUCUUGUUUCUAGACGUAUAAAUACAAAGACUAUAUAGUAAAACGUUAAUACAAUCUUGUUGAGCAGAAGAUCAUAUAAAUAUUUUUUACAUACACCAAUUAGGGUCAUAAUUCAUAUACUUUGUUCAGUAAUCGAUGAUAUAAUCAUUUAUUAUUGUAUUAACAUCUGGAUUAGUAAACUAUUGUUACCACAAAAUCCUCUGACAUGAUAGGUAAUGCAGAUAGAAUAUUUGAAAAUAUUCUUAAGUAUUUUAAUUAUUUGAUUUAUUAAUAAUAGAAUAAUUAGUUUUAAUGUUUUAAUUAGAGUUUUAUGAUUUUUAUAAAGGUUAAUUUAGACUAUAGAUUUACGUAGUUUUUGAUUGAUUUAUAAAAUGGAGGUUGAAACCUUUUAUUUUUUUUGUUAUGGUUAGAAUUCGAGAGUUCUCAACAAAUUAAGAAGACAAUGGUUAUUUGAUAUUCCUAUACUAAAUAUUUUUUUUUUGUAUUUAUCUUACCUUCCGCUUCAUAAACAAAUUAAGCAGCUGCAUAUAUAAAUAAAAUCUCCAUCGCUCCACAAUAGUCAAUGUCAGGAUAAUUUAGAGCAAUAAACAAAUAGUUUAUAAAAGCAUGAUUGUAUUUAUACGCAGCUGUACUGAGUACGAUAUUUUAUGAUAAAACUUGGGCAUCCUAUUCGUUGUCAUAUGAGUUUUUUUAUAAGGAGUUUUCUUUUUGGUGUAUUUUUUUAAUAAAGAGUUUCGAUAGUUUAUUAUUCAAUUCAUAUGUAGGUUUGGUUAACAUUUUUAAUUAUAAUUUUUAGCACGCUGUAUUAUUCUUUUCUAGUAUGUGUGAAAGCUGUAUGAUCAUGUUUUCCAAAUCGCUUAUAUAACUAAACUUUCAGUCGUCGUGCUUUCAAACUCACAUGGUUUAUUUCAUCUCUUGUUUUCUUUCUCUAAUCCUGAAUAAGAUAGAAAUGGUUUUGCCUUCUUCUCUAAAGACAUGCCUUCUUUUGCUUUUCAUCUGUCUUCUCAAUGUUUCCACCAUUUCAUCGAAGCCAUUAACUAACGAAACUGUGCUUUUUGGCGGGAAAUUUCCAGCAUUGUAUGUUAUAGGAGAUUCAUUGGUUGAUUCAGGGAACAAUAAUCAUCUUGACACGAUGGCCAAAGCAAAUUUUCCACCUUACGGUUCUGACUUUGAAGGAGGCAAACCCACUGGUCGUUUUGGCAAUGGCAAAACAAUUGCUGAUUACAUUGCUAUUUAUUAUGAGCUUCCUUUGGUUCCUGCUUAUAUGGGAUUAUCAGAAGAACAAAAGAACAAUAUCUCAACUGGUAUUAAUUAUGCUUCUGCUACCUGUGGGAUUUUUCCUGACACAGGAAAGACAGUGGGAGAAUGUCUCUCGUUGAGUGUCCAAGUCGAUCUGUUCAAAGAAACCAUUGACAAGAAUCUGAAGAAAAUGUUUAAGACGCAGCCAGAGCUCAGCAAACACCUGGCUGAAUCGUUGUUCAUGACUGCGAUCGGAGUUAACGACUACUCUUUCUUCUAUAAUAAGACAAUGGAUGCAAAUGAUUUCGCAAACAAGCUUCUUCAUGAGUUCUUUAUACAAAUUCAGAGAUUGCAUGGUUUAGGAGCAAGGAAGUUCUUCAUCAACAACCUUAAACCAUUAGGAUGUUACCCAAACAUAAUAGCUCAUACGGUGCCACGUGGAAGCUGUGACGAUGAUUUAAACCUAGCGGUUUCCAUUUACAACGCCAAGCUAAGAAGAAGCCUAACUUACAUGAAGCAGAAAUUCUCAAACACUUCCUUCUUGUACUCAGAUUACUUCAACUUCAUGUUGGGACUUAGAGGACCUUCGAGAAAUCAUGCUAGUUCGAAUCUACUGAACACGACAAGUCCAUGUUGUCCUAGCGUUUAUGAUGGAGGGGCAUUGACGUUUUGCAGCGCCAAUUCGAGCUCGUGUACGAUGCCAGAUAAACAUAUUUUCUUUGAUCCAUUUCAUCCGACUCAGUUGGCGAAUUUCAUGUACGCGAUUGGGUGUUUCCAGGAGAGAAAAAUUUGCUAUGUGGUGAGAGCUUAAAUUAACUAAAUUUACUCAACGACAAUCUUAUGAAGAAACACAAGUUUACUUGUUGUUUAUUUUGGUCUCACAAAGAUCAACAUUUCUAAUGUACCAAAACCUUAUUAUGUCAGGCAUGAGCCGCAUGACCAACGUUUAUUAAUAAGAUAUAUUAAACAAAUUUGUUAAAUAA